GACACGUAUUCAUUUCCACAGGAAAAAAACUCCACGAGAUGAAUCGCUCUUCAUCUCCCCCACCAGGGGAAGGUCGUUUCUCUCUCUCUCUCCAUUAUAUACUCUAAAAACCAAUCCCUUCCAUCUCCAAAGCAUUUCUUGAAAUCAUCUCUCUCACUAGACUAAUCAUUACCGCGUAAAGUCGUGUUUGGGGAUUCGGAUUCCAAGUGGGUUAAUUGGGUUUUGUGUUUUUUCUUGUCGAUACACUAUCAUGGAUUUGCAGUGGGCUUUGGAUUUCUUGAAGGGGAUGAUUAAACCGGUUUUAGCCCUGGUGGUGGUGCUCAUGGCCGUGAUCUUGUCGUACACCCAAAAGCUGAGGUUGGAAGGUGAAAUGCUCUAUUCGAUCCUCAGGGCUUUUAUUCAGCUCUCCAUCAUUGGGUUUGUUCUUCAGUUCAUUUUCACCCAGGGGAAUGCCUUAUGGAUCAUCCUCGCUUAUCUUUUCAUGGUUUGUGUUGCUGGUUACACAGCAGGACAACGCGCCAAACAUGUUCCAAGGGGGAAAUAUGUUGCUGGAGCCUCCAUUCUUGCCGGAACUGCUAUAACCAUGUUCUUGCUAGUUGUGUUGAAUGUUUUCCCUUUCACUCCACGGUACAUCAUCCCGGUUGCAGGGAUGAUGGUUGGCAAUGCAAUGACGGUCACUGGAGUUACCAUGAAACGACUCCGGGAUGACAUCAAGAUACAAAUGAACUUGGUGGAGACGGCGCUAGCUCUUGGGGCUACCCCUCGUCAAGCAACUCUUCAACAGGUGAAAAGAUCCCUUGUGAUCGCCCUUUCUCCGGUCUUGGACAAUGCCAAAACGGUAGGUCUCAUCUCCCUACCCGGUGCAAUGACCGGUCUUAUUAUGGGAGGAGCCUCUCCUCUAGAAGCCAUUCAACUCCAGAUUGUCGUGAUGAACAUGCUCGUGGGUGCAUCAACCGUUAGCAGCAUCAUGUCGACGUAUCUCUGUUGGCCUGCUUUCUUCACCAAGGCCUAUCAGUUGGAAACCAAAGUCUUUUCUGCGGAAUAAGGGAUUUUGAUUUGUUUCGCUCCCACUUUUUGUAUUCCCUCUCAAUUGUGAGAAAAGUUUCAUGAAUGAGGGAACCGAUUCGCGUGUUUGAUGAAUUUAGUUGUAUUGUUUUGUUAAACCAAGCCUAGAUUUUGAAUCACAAGCAAUUAUUUUGUAUCA